AUGCUCACAACCUUGCGCGGGUGCUCGUAUAGCGUUGUUCUUGGCCGGGCCGUCAAAACGGAAUUCCUCGCGUUGGGCACGCUCGUCGGCACUGCCGCGCUUUCCUACGCCGCUGCAUCCGGCGGGAGCAAGGAGGCUCCCAAGACCUCGCUUCAGGAGGUGAAGGACGCUGUCAAGAUCGAUUCGAGUUCCAAGGAGGAAGAGGACUUCAUCAAGACCUUCAUCGCAGAGGCAGAGAAGGAGUCAAAACACUGA